AGCUGAGUGGCAUCUAGUGGACAGAGCAGGGGGUGGGCGCCAGGGCUCCUGGGUUGUAGCCUGCCCUAUGGGAGAAGAGUGGGGUCUAGUGAAUUACAGCGGGGGCGGGGCGGGGCGUCAGGACUCCUGGGUUCCAUGGCCCAGAUCUCCUCAGGCAGGUAACUGAAUUGUUCUCUGAGUCCUUUAGGGAACAGGGAUGGGGGACGGAAGGAACUUGAGAAAAAAACAUUUCCUGCAGACUGGAGAGUUUAGUGUUAAUAUAAUAGAGAAAUUCAACUCCAGCUUCCCAGAGCGGAGCCGGUGAUGGCUUAGGCUGUAACAGCGCAGGGACUUUCCUGUCCCGGCCUCCGGACACCUGGGUCCCUCCCAGGCCGGCUUCCUCCGUCCCCCUGCGUGCCCAGAGGCAGGAUUCCUGAUCCCUGAUCUCCAGGAUGGAGCGCGGGGACGAGCCGUGUGUCCGGGAUCUCCAGGGCACCGAGGAAAGGGAGACACUGGCCGUCACUUGCACAGGGAACGAGCCUGCCUGGAUUCUCCCUCUCUCCCCAGUAGGUGCUGGGAUGGAGGAGGAUAAUCCCAAGCAGGAAGGGCUUGCAGGAAGGGAUCCUCGCGGGUUGUCCCGGGGCGCUGAGCAGGGAGAGGCCAGCGGGACUGGACGGCAGCAGGAGACAGAGGUGAUAUCUCUGGAUGACACGGACAUCAGGAUGAUGAUGGAGCACAACCAAGCCCAGGCUGAGGUGCGCCCCUACAGCUGCUCAGACUGCGGGAAGAGCUUCAGCCAGAGCUCCCACCUGGUCCAGCACCAGCGCAUCCACACGGGCCAGAAGCCCUACAAGUGCACUGAGUGCGGGAAGUGCUUUGUCCUCAGCUACAACCUCAUUGAUCACCAGCGCAUCCACACCGGGGAGCGCCCCUACAAGUGCGGCCAGUGCGGGAAGGGCUUCAUCCGGAGUUCCCACCUCUUCCAGCACCAGCGCAUCCACACGGGCGAGCGGCCCUACCAGUGCAGCAAGUGCGGGAAGAGUUUCAACCGCAAUUACACCCUGGUGAAGCAUUACCACACCCACAUCGGGGAGCAGCCCUUCAUCUGCAGCGAGUGUGGGAAGAGCUUCAGCCUCGGCUCCUUCGCCCAGCACGUCCGCACCCACACGGGCGAAAAGCCCUACAGCUGUGCCGAGUGCGGCGAAAGUUUCAGCAGCAGUUCCAACUUGAGCCAGCACCGGCGCAUCCACACUGGGGAGAAACCCUACAGCUGUGGCCACUGCGGGAAAAGCUUCAGCCAGAGCUCCAACCUCAUCAAGCACCGGCGCAUCCACACCGGAGAGAGACCCUACAGCUGCCCCGAGUGCGGCAAGACCUUCAACCAGAGCUCGUCGCUCAUGCAGCACCGGCGGAUCCACCGUGGCGAGCGGCCCUACGAGUGCACCGAGUGCGGGAAGCGCUUCAUUGACAGCUCCAAGCUCAACAAGCACCGGCGCACCCACACCGGUGAGCGGCCCUACAAAUGCACCGACUGCGGGAAGGGCUUCAGAGACAGCUCUGCCCUCAUGAAGCACCAGCGGACCCACGCCAAGCAGAUGCAUCUCACAGAGAAACCCUACAAAUGCCACGAGUGCAACAAAAGCUACAGCCUGAGCUCGAACCUGAGCCGCCAUCGCAGGAGCCACAGGGGGGAGAGAUCCCACAAAUGUGCCCAGUGCGGGAAGAGCUUCCACUUCAGCUCCCAGCUUGUCCAGCACCAGAUCGGCCACACUGGGGAGCGACCCUACAAAUGCCCUGACUGCGGGAAGAGCUUCGGUGUGAGCUCCAACCUUCUCCAGCACCAGCGCCUCCAUUGGGUGGAGCGACCCUACAGCUGCGCCAACUGCGGGAAGAGCUUUGGCCACAGCUCCCUCCUGGCCCAGCACCAACGCAUCCACAUGGACGAGAGACCCUACAAGUGUGGGGAGUGCGGGAAGGCUUUUGGGGUGAGCUCAGCCCUGAUCCGGCACCAGCGGAUCCACACGGGCGAGAGGCCUUACAAGUGUCUGGUUUGCGGGAAGAGCUUCAACCUUAGCUCCAACCUUUUCACCCAUCGCAGGAUCCACUGGGAUGAGAAACCUUAUAAAUGCCCUGAAUGUGGGAGGAGCUUCAGCCAGAGCUCAAGCCUCAGCCGCCACCAGAUCAGCCAUACGGAGGAACGACCAUACAAAUGCCCCGAGUGUGGAAAGUGCUUCAACCAGAGCUCCCUCCUGAUCCGGCACCAGCGGAUCCACACGGGGGAGCGACCCUACAGAUGCUCCCAGUGCUGGAAGAGCUUCCUACGGAACUCCCAGCUGAAGAGACACCAGAGUGUCCACACUAGCAGGUGCCAGGACAGCAGGUGAGGAGAAGCCCCGCUGGACGGGCCUGUGGAAGCAGAGCCGCAACGGACAUCCCGGAGCGCCAAGUGGGGAGAUGCCAACGGGCCAGGGUGGCAGCAGAGAGAUCUCCAGGAGGGA